AUGUCUAAUCAUUUGGUUCCGUCUCUUGCGACAUUCCCAACUGAAAUAAUUUAUCGAAUUUUUGAUAAUCUCAAUGCAGAAACAAUUUUAUCAUCAUUUCGUUGUACAUGUCGACGAUUAAAAUCACUUGUUCACAAUUAUGAUAGAUUUAUUUUGAAUUUUGUACGAAUAUCAAAAGUUAAUUUUGAAUUAAUUUGUCGUUUAAUUAAUCCUGAACAAGUAAUUAAAUUGAUACUUAGUCAUGAAGAAAAAACAUUAUUUCAAAUUGAUUUAUUUAUUUCACAUUUUGAAAAUAAAUAUUUUAAUCGAAUUCGUUCAUUAUCUUUACUUGGAAUUGAUGAACGUCACUUGAAGUUUAUCUUAAAAUGUAUCAAUAUUAAUUCUCUUAAUUCAUUUUCACUUGUAAUCGAAAAAUCUGAUGAAAGAUACAAAAAAUCAACAGCAACACUUUUAUCAUCGAUAGUUUCUCAGAAAAAUCUUCGUCGAUUAGAAUUUGAAAUUCCACCACGAUUAAUCCCAAGUCCAACUUGGCCUGUUCAAUCUAUGAUUCAAUAUUUAAGAAUUGGUGGAUGUACACAUUUCUAUCCAUGUACUAUUCUUCAAUGUUUACCUAUGUUAAAAACAAUCUCUGUAAGUUUUCGAAGAUCAGAAAAUCAUUAUAUUGUCUUAGCAGAUGCUUCAACAACGAAAUUUACACAAUUAAAUUCAUUGAGUUUUGAAAAUUUAUCUACAAAAAUUGAAAUACUCGAAUCAUUACUUUUAUUAAUACCUUCGUUGAACCAUUUUAAAUUGAUUGGCAAUGGAAAUUUCCUUGAUGGUAAUCGAUGGGAACAAUUCAUUCAAGUAAAUUUACCUUUUUUGAAUAAAUUUGAAUUUUAUCUUGAACAAACUCGAGAUAUUGAUUAUAAUCAUACAGAUAUUGAAUCAAUCAUUAAAUUAUUUCAAACGCUUUUUUGGCUCGAAUAUAAAAAAUGGUUUGUUAAAUGUGAAUAUAAAAUUAAUUUACCACGAUCAAUUUUACUCUAUUCAAUUCCAAUUUGUAUUUCUUCAAUGAUUUAUCAAAUAGAAUCAACAAUAAAUUCUCUCUCUACUUAUGAUAUAAAAUAUGAUAAAAAUCUCUCAAUUAUGAAUAAUAUUAAAACAAUUCAAAUAGAUUUUUCAAAAAUAUCCUUAAAUAAUAUUUCAAAUCAGGUAAUUAUCAAUCUUAAUAUUCAAAUCUUUUUCGAUUUAGUUUAG